AUGUUGACAACUUUGAUGAGCAUUUUGGUGCUCAAUUCUGUGAUGCUCUCCACUGGAGUUGCCCCCAUAAGCGAGAGCCUGUGGGGGAAGAUGGUGGACUUUAUGCAGAUCAACUGCACUACCUACUGGCAACUUGCCCGCCCACAAGACCUUGCAUCCUCCAUGCCACUGAGUGCAUGUGUGGACAUCCGGAUGAGCAUCAGCACUACACAGUGGACAGUGUUUAUGUACAGCCACCCCGACGGGAUUAAUGUGAAGUUUGGUUUAGAGGGGAACAAGGACCGCCUCUCAAUAAGGCUACUUGGCAGAAGAUGGACCUCCAAAUCCAAACUUCAACUCGGAGUGUGGUACUCUGUCUGCAUCACCUGGUCCGAAUUUGAGCUGACGCCACACCUGUAUGUUAAUGGCCACAGUGUCGAUGUCCAUUACACUUCCAGUGAGCUCAUGACCCUGGGCGACGAACGGCUAACCGCUAAUGGAAUCUUGACUCUUGGUGCGUCACAUUUUGUUCUCGAUGGCGAGGUCAACGCGGUGUCGGGGACCAACUUCCUAGGCAGUGUGACGCUGUUCCGCAUGUGGCGUGAGAAGCUCUCAGCCAUCCAGGUGAAGCAGCACUGUGUGGAAGGGGAUGUGGUGAGGUGGAACACGACAGACUGGAUCACGCGCGGCUGUGCUCCCGUCAGAGAUGAUCAAAUCUUCUUCGAGGUGGACUUGACAGUCUCACUCAAGGGCUCAGCAAUGAAUGUAGAAAAGGAGAUCAAUACUUGGUCAGCCCUGGCAACGGAGACCAGCCACACGUCCAGGUUCCAGGUGCAGGCCACCACGUCGUCCUCCAUAGAGCAGACCAUAGAUCAGAUCCAGGGGGCACUGGAGGAGCCCUACACACACGGCUCCAUCACCCUGGACGCAGAACGCGAAGGCAUCAAUGUCUCCCACAUAAUCCCAGGCCAGUGUCCAAGACAGCAGCAGCAGACCAGGUGGGGUCUGUUUGUCUGGAACGAGACCAGCGCCAUGCACUCUGCCUUCUACCCCUGCGAAGGAGAUCCCUCCAAGAUGGUGGAGAGGAGAUGCAUGCUUGCCUGCACUAAUAUAGCCCGCUGGGCAGAAGCUGAUCUGCACCAGUGCCCGUACAUUGUGGUAAUCAUCCCGGACCUCGAUGAUAUUGACGUCACUCUAGAGAAUGCGGAGGACGUGUUGGAAAUGAUCGAGUGUCUGUUGAGUAACCACACGGAUCUGAAUGACGAGGAGCUGGUUACCGUGGUGAAUAAGCUGGAUGCUGUGGUAACCAUCUCGCCAGUCACCCCGGCGCUCGGCAAGGUCAUUGUGGAGAUCCUCUCAGACAUACUGCAGACUGACAGCAACUUCCAGCCUGUCACCAACGACAUCUUGCGGAUCAUGGAAUACAUUGGAGACCGGCUGUCUGGCUUCGCUGGGGAAAACGUCAGCCUGGUGGCUCCUGGCCUGGCCAUCUCCGCGGUGAACGUUGACCCAGACCAGUUUCACAACCUCACCUUCGGGGUGUCCCCUUCCAAUGACACCCAGGGCCCAGAGGUGUACAUCAACCAGGACCCGUUUGGCUGUAUGGUGGCCUUCAUCUCUCUGCCCCCCUCCCUGCAAGACAGCUUCCCCUCAGGCCUCGGCAUCCAGCCUCGCGUCCAGUUCCAGUUCUUUGGCACACCUGCUCUCUUUGAGGACGGAAGAAGAGACCAGCCACUAAACACAUUUGUGGUAUCCGCCAGUGUGACCAAUGCCACAGGAGCCAUUCAGAACCUAAAGGAGCCAGUGGUAGUCACACUACUCCACCUACAGGACAAAAAGCCAGAGGAUGAAGUGCUGUGUGUGUUUUGGAAUUUCAACAUGAAGAAUGAGAAUGGUGGGAUGGGGAGCUGGGACCCUACAGGGUGCAACGUAAGCCAAACCGCCAAGGAUUACACCACGUGCCUCUGCAAUCAUCUCACGCACUUUGGAGUCCUGCUGGACUUGUCCAGGACUCCUUUGGAUGAACACAAUGAGCGGAUCCUGACCAUCAUCUCAUUUGCGGGAUGUGGAAUCUCAUCAGUGUUCCUGGGAGUUACCGUGCUGACGUACACCGCUUUUGAGAAGCUGCGCCGGGACUACCCAUCCAAAAUCCUGCUGAACCUGGCGUUGGCUCUGGAGGGGCUGAACUUGGUCUUCCUGCUCAACUCCUGGCUGUCCUCGUUCGGGCUGCCCGUCCUCUGCCAGGCCGUGGCCGUCACCAUGCACUACUUCCUGCUGGCCUCCUUCACCUGGAUGGCCCUGGAGGCCGUCAACAUGUACUUCGCACUGGUCAAGGUCUUCAAUGUCUACGUGCCCUCAUAUAUCCUCAAGUUCUGCGCUCUGGGCUGGGGAAUUCCUCUUGUAAUCUGUGGCCUGGUGCUUGUUGUGAAAAGAGACGCCUAUGGCACUGAUGCCUACGGUUCAUCACUCGAUCCAUCCGAUGACAUGUUCUGCUGGGUGCAGGACCACGUGACCUUCUACGUGUCGGUGGUGGGCUACAUCCUGCUGGUGUUGCUGAGCAACUCGGCCGUCUUCCUGGUGGUGCUGGUGCAGCUGCGCAAUAUGCGUUUCAACCGGCCGGCGGGCACAGGGGCGCGCAGCAGCAGUGGAGAGAUCCUGAGGGACCUGCGGGGCGUGGCCAGCCUCACCUUCCUACUGGGCCUCACCUGGGCCGUGGCCCUCUUCGCCUGGGAGCCCAUCCGGGUGCCUCUGCUCUACACGUUCGCCAUACUCAACUCUCUACAAGGAUUUUUCUUGUUUGUAUUCUACUGCCUGAUGAAGGAGAAUGUGCGCAAACAGUGGAGAAUACAUCUUUGCUUUGGCCGCUUCCGUCUUCAAGAUUACUCAGAAUGGAGCCAAACUGCGCCACCCGUGCCAACUAAGCCCAAACCAAGCCAGACAGUGAAGUACCCCUCUGUGGAAUCCGUCCGAUCCAACAAGUCGAGUACUACGGAGAGCACGUCCGCCUCAUCAGACUCCAGCCAGCGGGAGGUGUCCAUCAAGAGGCCCAAUCUGGGACUCCUCUGUCUGAAUGGAUUAUCCCUGCCCCACGCACAACCUGUCCACAAAAACACUCCUCUUCCCCAGGAACAGGGAUAUGAUGUUGCUCCUUGGCUAGCCAAGAUGGCUCCCACCUCCUCAGACAAAAUGAACUAAACAUGUCCACAUUGAAAAGAUCUUUACUUUUACUUUUGUUGUAUUGUUGUCAAUGUGUCAAUUAUCAUCUGUGAAGAUUCUCAUUCAUCCAGAAUGUUAAUUAUAGCUGUCAAUAAAAUGUAUUCAUCAAGUAUGUAAAUCAUGUGUUCAUCAGACUUAAUAAAUAAAAUGUACAAGUCAACAAAAAAACAUAGUACAUUUGAAUAAAG